AUGGACACUUUAGACGAGAUAUCAUAUCUCGACCCUGCCAGUCCCGAGGUCAUCUCACGAUUGAGGACAAUUGCUUCCCGAGCGCUCUGUGUGAGGUAUCAUCAAAACCAAGCCGACGAAAUCGUUAUGCAAUGGAAAUCUAGCAUUCAACAACUACCUGGAAAAUGCGAACGAGAACCGACCAAGCCGAUGAGAAGCAGCAAGAAGCAAGACUCUGUAAAAGAUGAAAGUGUUGAAGACAUGAAGAGCCAGAUACGAGAAAUGCGCGAGCUUUUGGCAAAGUUGCAAGAUAAGCAGCAAGAAAAUGCAGAAGAUCGACGGAAGUUUGACCAAGGGCAGCACCGUCAAGAAGAGCAAGCUAGGAGAGCUGACGAAAAAGAGCGCAGACGCCGGAAGAAAGAGCAAGAGGAAAGAGAAGCGAAGAGGCAAGAAGAAGAGCGGCUGGAGAAAGAGAGAAAAGACAGGGAGAGGAAAGAGCAGCGCGAACGUGAGCAAGCAGCCUACAGUGAACGCCUCCGUCAACGAGCCCAGAAGAGACGCGAAGAGCGAGAACGGGAGAGAAAGGAGAAUGAGCAGAAAGAGAAAGAGCAAUGGAGUCAGUUGUGGACCAAGUACGAAGCGCGAUGGGUACAAUUCAAGUCUUCUGCAUCAUCAGAAGCAGCUUUGCGAGACUCUAUUCCUUGGCCAGUCAAGUCGGGCUCAUACCGUGAUGUGAAAGCUUCAGCUGUCGAAGAGUUCUUUGAGAAAGCAGUGCCGAAGGAUUCAGGGAUGGCGAAGAGACUGAGGAAGGAGUGCAUGAAGUGGCAUCCUGAUUCCAUUUCUCGUUCGCCGCAUGCGGAUCGGUUUACGACGACGGAUAGGAUGAUGGCUGAUAUGAUUUGUCGGGUGGUGACGAGCUUAAUUGAUAGUUCUGCUGGAAGGUCGGCUGAAUUUCUUUAG